CAGCGAUUUCUGCAACUUGGGAAGCGAUGGCGACGUAUGUUUUAUGCUGGGUGAACAGGAAACUUUAUUGACGUUACCAAGGUCUGAAUUAUAUUUUUGUUGUGUAUCGCUCGCACCUGCAUGUCCGGUAUCGAAGAGCCAGCAGACGCGGGCAUGCCGUUGUUCAAGUGGUCGAAGGUAUCUGGUGAUAUUCGGACGAAGUUAGAACGCAAGCUCUACCUCGCCCAGGAAAACCCGGAGCCCGUUUUCGACUUGUCGGAGUGCUCUCUGUCUGACGUUCCGUCAGGUGUUUUCUCGAAGUGUCGCGUAUUUCGAAAAACGACGCUGCUGCUGCACGACAACAGGCUUUCGUCGAUCAACGGUGGUGGUCUGUUGAAGGACCUCGGCGAAAUCAUCGUCCUCGACUUGCACGCGAACAAACUGUCCUCUUUGCCCGACGACUUCGGCUUGUUGAAAUGCCUAAGCGUGCUCGAUCUCGGCGGCAACGCUCUCAAAAAGCUUCCCGGAAGCUUCGCGAUGCUGUUGCUGCUGGAGUCACUCAACCUGAGCGAGAACAAGUUCAAGGACUUCCCGUCUCCCGUCGUGAAACUUAGGAGGCUACAGAAGUUGAACGUCAGUCGGAAUGCCAUCAGCAAACUGCCGGUGGAUUUUCACGAACUGAAAUGUUUGCAGGCGCUAACUUUGGACGCGGAAAAAUACACGUUCCCUCCAGCAAAUGUCUGCGAGCAGUCGCUGGACACCAUCAUGCAAUUUCUGUGCGAUUCAGCGGGUGUCUCGUUCAGUCCGUCUAGCGAUUUUCUAGACCAGUCUUCUGACGUCAUGGAUGCGGUGAAACCAGCAACCUAUCCCGAGCUGGAGGCAGAAGACCAGUACAAGCAAUUCGAAGAAAGAAAAGACAAGCGGCGUUUAGAGCUUUUAGAUAUGGAGGCAAGGCUCAGAGAUACCAUGGCCAGCCAGGCGACGAUAACGGAAGACACGCAUAAACGAAAGCGACAGCUUCUUCUCGAAAUUGCUCGCGAGCAGGAUGUCCUCGAGGACGCCAUAUUGAACAUUCAGAGCAAGAAAGACACGGAGAAACAAAAGCUGUUGUCCCUCCUGGCACAUUUGGAGGACCACUCUGCGGCACUGAUCCAGCAGAUAUCGAACGAAGCCCGGUCUAAAAACUCGGAAGCCCGUGCGCGGGCACUGGAGCAGGAGCGGCUUGAGAUGGAGGAACUCUUCAAUUGCCAGCAGACGGAAACGGAUUUCAUCCGCCGCAGAGAGGUCCUCAGCUCUAUGGCAGAGGUGCUGCAGCAAGAGGAACGACAGAGACUCUACAGGCAGGAAAGGGAAAGUAUGGCAAAAGACAUCCAUGAAGAGGAAGCGGUGACUGACCGACUGCUUCAAGACGCAAUGAGCACAAAAGGAAAAGAACAAGACAAACUUAUUGGCCGUAUCUUAGAUGAGGAGCAAUACCAAAGGCAAGCAUUCACAGCCUUGCAGAUUAAGCAUGAUUACACUCACUGCCACAUCAUGCAGCAGAUCAGGCUGGUUGAGAAAGAACUGAAGCGACUGACCGAAGCUGAGCUCAAGAGAAGAGAUCUCAAAGUAAUGUCUGAAAUGGAAGCUUUGUCGAGGCACCGCGUAGAACUUGCAUACCUUCUGGCCCAGCUACUGGAUGACAAGGCCAUACGUGAGAAAGAACUGCAGAGCCAGAUAAAAGACAUGGAGGAUCGAAGGCAGGAGGAAAUGAUUGAUUUCUGGCUCCUGCAAUACCAGAGACUUUUGGACAGGAAACCUGAAGGAGUAUGUGCCAUGGAGAACCAGUUAGACCCACGCAUUUCAGACAUCUUAGAAACGGCCAAUGCCGAGCACUAUUCCACGUUGUUUGCAUCUAAGAAAGUUAGCUGGGAGGAUUUCACGUCUAUGAACCAGGAUGACUUUAGACGGUUGGGAAUUGCCUCCGAAGUAGUUAUCCAGACAUUGCUGAUGGCAGUAGAACAUUCUGUGAGUGCAUUUCGUUCCAAAGAAAUGCAACCCAGCGCACCCUCACCCGAAGAGGAGUCCUCUAAGUCAGCAGUUGCAAGCCCUGCUGCGUUGCCGCCAACUCACGAUCUCCGAUUAUGGUGCAGUUCAGAGUGUGUUGUGUGCUUUGAUGUCAAGACACUGCUGGUUUUUGCACCUUGUGGUCAUGUCUGCUGUUGCUUCGAGUGCAGCCUAGACGUCUCACUAUGUCCGCUUUGCAGAUCAAAUAUCGAGAGCAAAUUGUCCAUUCUGUGAUUCGUUGUACCCAUUUGACCUUUUCUCUGCUCCUGGCCCAUCAUGAUGUAGAUAUCUGUUGUGUGAACAAUUCAGCUUCAGAAUUGAGGAUUUUAUACUUUUAUUGUUUUCAUUUUAGAGAUCUAUCAUGUUUUUUUGUGACAGGCUGGAAUUGCAUUGCUAAGUGCCUAACUUUCCAACACUUUACUCUCUUCAGUGAGGACACAGCAAGCAGGUUUUAGUGCAUCUGCUUGCUUUUGUAAUAGGACUGAGAAUCAGUUGAAAAAGUUGUUAGUUUAAUGCAGGCAAAUGGUGCUCUCUUGGUUGUGAUACUACCUGUUACUUGGCCCUCAGAUUUGUGUGUGCAGUUCAGUAUAAGGAACUGCAGCAGAGUGGUGGCCUUGCUUGACGGCCUUGCUUUUUUGCACACCUUUCGGUCAUAUCCCUUUGACAAAUUAUCUAGUCACGAUUACGCACAUAUUUUCUUGGUAUGAAAAUGCAUGCUCACAUUACAUUUAAGCAAGCCUGAAAGCAAGCCUGAUAAGAAGGCUUGCAGUAUGCCAUUUGCAUUUCAGAUACUUGAUACUCAUUCUACUGUGCAUUGAAGGCCACAGGAACAAAUGACUUCGGACAUGAAUAGCAAUAUGUACAAACUGUCUGAAGUUGAGGGGCGUUUUAUUUAACGUAAAAGCUUCAGUGGCAAUAAGCAUUUUACGGCGUUGGCAGAAAACUAUGCAUAUUCAUGUCGCGGUCGGGGCAAAUGUAUGCCUAAGCUUUUUACCGUGUUCUUGGAGCUUUUGCUGAAUCUAUACAGUUUCUGGAAUGUUGCACAACAGCAUGUUUACCCUCUUAAAUACACAAUGAAUGAACCCGAUUGACCUGCUCGAUUGAGCUUCAACUACAGGAUGCUUCAUUCAGAUUGCUCAUUUACCUGCUAUAUACGAAUAAAACAUUUUAAGCCUGCAGUAGUCCUCUUGUGCUGACAUCAACAGUGAUCAAACUGCCAUUUGAAUUUUUGUAGCAGGUUCCGUAGCAGGCAAAACUUUGGGUUGGAGCAGUCACUGACGCUUUGGAGCAGAAGGCAACAUCUGUUAGCACAUCGCUUGAAAAUUAAAAAGUUAUUGUAUUACUA